AUGUUUCGGGACAGACAAGAAGACGCAAAACCUGGAGUCAACUGGACCGCUCCCUCGUUCCACGAUGAUGAUCCCAGGCUCCAGAGCCAUAUCCAGAGGUUUGAUAACCCCAUCACUUCUUGUGGGCUUCGUCUUGCUCCAUUGUUCACCUGGCGGUAUCACCCGGGGAUGGGCAAGUUCGACCUCGACAGUGUUCCACGUUUGGAAAAGCGCAUGGCUGAGGUCGAUGUCUUGAACUCCCGAUUCACACGGGAAACUGUGCGAGAAGAUCGAAGCAUUGGUCGGUUGCAAGCCGCAGAGCCAUGCACGCUAUCAAACUGCGUGCAGAGAUUGUUUCCCCCAGAGUUAGGCAAUCAAGUUCCAAGACGUACACAAAUCUCGAUGAUGGACCCCAUGCGAGGCGGGUUUCUGGAGUGUGGCUUAAGAGUUCGACAGUCGGGACAAAUCCUUGUCCCCAUAUUUGAGCCGCCGCGGGAGAGACGCAUCCAUGCCUCUAUCGUAUUGAGUAAACGCCCAGAUUCCCCGUUCGCAGUGACCAUGGUUGAAUCCUUCAGUCUUUUCUUCUGGAGCCUUGGGACACAGAAGGGUGGGUUUCCGAUCCUGGUGAAACAUGCGGCGGAGGUGAUGCCUGGUACUGUGUUAAUGUUGCGGGCAGGCUGUUUCUCCAAAGGUCGUUCUCUUUGCGAAAACGAACAUGCCUGUCUUGCUGCUCAGACGUCUUGA